CUGUUUCGUCUCCGACUUUGUGGACGGACAGGAUAUAACUCAUAAUUUAGAAAAUGACGGACCCUUCGAAGAAGCCCGAGUCAAAAUGAUCGGUGCUCAAGUGGCUUCGGCCAUAAUGUAUAUUCAUAAUCGAGGAAUCAUUCACAGAGACAUCGGGUCGAAUAACGUCAUGCUAGAUAAGUCGAAAGGAGCGCAACUGAUUGAUUUCGGUCUCUGCACAUAUGAACAAAAUCCGAAACAAUUUUGCGGCACUUUCUUCUAUCUUUGUCCAGAAAUCCUUGAGGAAAAACCGUAUGAUGCUUACUGCGAUUGGUGGGCAUUCGGAAUUCUCUUAUACCAAAUGUUCAUCGAAAAAACACCGAUGGAGAUGUAUUUAGAAAAAGUCCCGAAUAUUGACAAUGUGUCCUUUAUGGAGAUAAUAAAAAUCGCUCAAAACGUCCGGGUGCAGUAUUUUUUGCAUCUCUCAAUAAAUGCAAUGGACGUAAUCGACGAUUUACUGGAAAAAGAUCCAGUCAAACGUCUUCAGGAAACGGACAUCACAAGACACAUGUUUUUUCAUGAUGUCCCUUGGCCUCAAUUGAUUUAA